AUGAAGGAGUGGAUCGGAAACCUGGAAGAUUACUACCAUUUUUAUCAUAGCAAAACCUUUAAAAGAUCGACUGUGAGUAGCAGAGGCCCUCACACCUUCCUGAGGAUGGACCCCCAGGUGAGAUGGCUCCAACAGCAAGAAGUGAAACGCAGGGUGAAGAGACAGGCUCGAGGCGACCCUCAGGCCCUUUAUUUCAACGACCCCAUUUGGUCCAACAUGUGGUACAUGCACUGUGGCGACAAGAACAGUCGCUGCCGAUCAGAAAUGAACGUCCAGGCGGCUUGGAAGAGGGGCUACACGGGGAAAAACGUGGUGGUCACCAUCCUCGACGACGGCAUCGAGAGGAAUCACCCCGACCUGGCCCCGAAUUAUGAUUCUUACGCAAGCUACGACGUCAACGGGAAUGAUUUCGAUCCAUCGCCACGAUAUGACGCCAGCAAUGAAAAUAAGCAUGGCACGCGUUGUGCAGGAGAAGUGGCUGCCUCAGCCAACAACUCCUUCUGCAUCGUGGGCAUCGCUUACAACGCCAAGAUAGGAGGUAUCCGGAUGCUGGACGGGGAUGUGACAGAUGUCGUCGAGGCCAAGUCUCUGGGCGUCAGGCCCAACUACAUCGACAUUUACAGCGCGAGCUGGGGGCCAGACGAUGACGGGAAGACGGUGGAUGGGCCCGGCCGGCUGGCGAAGCAGGCCUUUGAGUACGGCAUUAAAAAGGGCCGGCAGGGCCUCGGCUCCAUCUUUGUCUGGGCCUCCGGGAAUGGCGGGCGAGAGGGGGAUUACUGCUCAUGUGACGGCUACACCAACAGCAUCUACACCAUCUCCGUGAGCAGCACCACGGAGAACGGCUACAAGCCGUGGUACCUGGAGGAGUGCGCAUCCACCCUGGCCACCACCUACAGCAGUGGAGCCUUCUACGAGCGGAAAAUCGUGACCACGGAUCUGCGGCAGCGCUGCACGGACGGCCACACCGGGACCUCCGUCUCAGCGCCCAUGGUGGCGGGCAUCAUCGCCCUGGCCUUAGAAGCCAACAGCCAGUUAACCUGGAGGGAUGUCCAGCACCUGCUGGUAAAGACGUCAAGGCCGGCCCACCUGAAAGCCAGUGACUGGAAAGUCAACGGUGCGGGUCAUAAAGUUAGCCAUCUCUACGGAUUCGGCUUGGUGGACGCAGAGGCCCUGGUCAUGGAGGCGAAGAAGUGGACGGCGGUGCCGGCACAGCACAUGUGCGUCGUAGCUGCGGACAAGAGACCCAGGAGUAUCCCCCUGGUGCAGACGCUGCGGACCACCGUCCUGACCACGGCCUGCUCCGACCGCUCCGACCAGCGCGUGGGCUACCUGGAGCACGUGGUGGCCCGCAUCUCCAUCUCCCACCCGCGCCGCGGAGACCUCCAGAUCCACCUGAUUUCGCCCUCCGGGACCAAGUCUCAACUUUUGGCAAAGAGAUUGCUGGACCUCUCCAAUGAAGGGUUUACGAACUGGGAGUUCAUGACUGUGCACUGCUGGGGAGAAAAGGCUGAGGGGGAAUGGACCUUGGAGAUCCAAGACAUGCCGUCCCAGGUCCGCAACCCGGAGAAGCAAGGGAAACUUCGAGAAUGGAGCCUCAUCUUAUACGGCACAGCCGAGCACCCCUACAACACCUUCAGUUCCCACCAGUCCCGCUCUCGGAUGCUGGAGCUCUCCACCCCAAAGCUGGAGCCCCCCAGGGCUGCGGUGCCGCCGUCCCAGGCCGAGAUUCCCGAAGACGAAGAGGAGUACGCAGCUCCUUCCACCCACGGCUCUCCCAAUAUCUUACAGACCAGUACAUGCCAUCCCGAGUGUGGUGCCAAAGGCUGUGACGGUCCCAACGCAGACCAGUGCUUUAACUGUGUCCACUUCAGCCUGGGGAGCGCCAAGACCAGCAGGAAGUGUGUGAGUGUGUGCCCCUCGGGCUACUUUGGGGACUCCGUCGCCAGACGCUGUCGCCGGUGCCACAAGGGAUGCGAGACGUGCGUGGGCAGGAGCCAGACCCAGUGCCUCUCCUGCCGCCGGGGGUUUUAUCACCACCAGGAGACAAACACCUGUGUGACGCUCUGUCCUGCUGGGUUUUAUGCUGACGAAAGUCAGAAAAAUUGCCUUAAAUGCCACCCGAGCUGUAAAAAGUGCAUUGAUGAACCCGAGAAAUGCACAGUCUGUAAAGAAGGGUUCAGCCUUGCGAGGGGCAGCUGCGUCCCAGACUGCGAGCCUGGCACCUACUUUGAUUCUGAGCAGAUCAAGUGCGGGGAGUGCCAUCCCACCUGCCAGACCUGCGUGGGGCCCAGCCGGGAAGAAUGCAUUCACUGCGCACCCAGCCUCCACUUCCAGGACUGGAAAUGUGUGCCAGCCUGCGAUGAGGGCUUCUACCCUGAGGAGAUGCCGGGCUUGCCCCACAAAGUGUGCCGAAGGUGUGAGGAGAACUGCUUGAGUUGCGAAGGCUCCAGCAGGAACUGCAGCAAGUGCAAGGCGGGCUUCACGCAGCUGGGCAGCUCAUGCAUCACCAACCACACGUGCAGCAACGCUGACGAGACCUUCUGUGAGAUGGUGAAGUCCAACAGGCUGUGCGAACGGAAGCUCUUCAUUCAGUUCUGCUGCCGCACGUGCCUGCUGGCCGGGUAGGGGUCCCGGCCACCCCCAGAGGCAGGGCCCCCCUGUCCAUCCGUCCUGCUGCCUUUCUCCAGACUGUAGGCCAGAGCCUGUUUCAGGGGCGGUACCCUGCAUCUGACAGCUUUAUCUCCCCAGGAGCACGGUCCUCCUGCCCCAUCUCGGGGCCCCCCAACCUGGUGGGUGGUGGGGCUGAAGGACGUGUCCUUAAAACAGCGACAGCCUUUCAGACUCUGUUUGCUGGCUCCAUUCUACUGCCCAGCUCCAAACAGGAACCAAAUGAGGGUCGGGACUCCACAGCGCCAGCCUCGGAUCAGCUUCUGGGACCAUAAGUUUACUGA